AUGAACACCGACAGAAACACUUCAGAGCGGAAUGGCCGAGUUAGCCGCUCAUCGCUAGCAUGCUUGCCUUGCCGGUCGCGUCAUCUCAAAUGUGACGCCAAGAAACCACGCUGUACCCGCUGUGCUGAGUUCGCUCGGGAUUGUCAGUAUGCACAAUCGCGUCGUGGAGGGUUGGAUCGAGCAGCCUUGUCAGAGAGACGUAAGCGAUUGGCGGAGAUUGAAGAUCAUGAGACUGGGCCAGGGCCAAUUGGUAUACCUAGUCCGCAGCAAUCGGCGGGUUCUCAAAGUCAGCAGGAAUUUAUGACGGGAAUGAUUGAGAUGAAUCUCUCAAAUAGCUAUGGAUUGCUGAAUGGGGUGAAUGUGGGGUUUGGAGAUCAGGAUUCUAGCGAGAGUUCUCCGAAACCAGUCCAGCUUGAAUUUGGUAGUAUUGAGAGUGAUUCGUUGGUUAAUUCAUACUAUCGGAACUUUCAUGGAUUACACCCUUUUAUAUUGCCUCGAAAUCAUUUGAUUCGAGUUUAUCAAGAUCCAAACAAGCAGCCUUCUCUCAAACCUAUCAUUGCUGCUAUGCGUCUGAUUGGAAAUGUUUAUAAAUCGCGAGAAUUUUCAAUGCCGCUGAAGGAUCAUGUUGAAGCCUCCUGUUCGCAACUAUUAACAACGGAUCCGUUCAUUGUCCAAUGCCGACUCUUAUACUCCAUGGUGCUGUUCUGGCAUGAGUACAAAGAUGAAUCAAAAUCGCAAAUGGAUAUGGCAAUUCAAACUGCUCGCGAAUUGGGAAUGUUUCAAAGGGAGUUUGCAAUAAAACACGGCGGCCAGGAUCUUGUAUUGCGAGAAAAUUGGAGGAGAACAUGGUGGAUGCUGUACACUGUGGAUGCUUAUUAUACGGGGACUCUGGGGACGAUGAACUUUGAAGUUGCUAAUAUUGAUGCUACGGUGGAACUUCCUUGCGAAGAAUCGGAAUAUGAGCUUGGGGAUAUUCCCGAGCCUAAAACUCUGGAGGAGUUUGAUUGUCGCGAAUUCUCUCCUGAUGACAUUGUCUUCUCAUCUUUUGCAUAUCUUAUUAGCGCUGUCCGAUGCGCUGCAUUUGCAAUAUCCAUAGGCCCCAAGGUUUCGGCUAAAGAAGACUCACCGCAGGUUUUACAAACUGCCGACUCUAUAUUGAAUGGGUGGAUGCUUCUUUUGCCCAAGGAACACAAGCAAGUCAUGAGCAGAACUGGAGAAAUCGACGAGCUCAUAUUCCAGGCUCACUUGCUUAUUCACGUAGCAACGAUAGGUCUACAUAGACCACUCUCAGACCUUAAAUUUAAUACCGUGGAAAGUGCUUCCAGUUGCGCUAGGGAACCACCUCUAGACACGCCAACACCAGACCUCGUUAAUGUACACACAGUUCGUGUACUACGAUCUGUCGAAGCCCAAAUUCGCUUCUUAGCCUUACCGUCUCGAAAUUUCCAUCACACCCCAUUUACUACGUGUAUGGUGAGUGAGGGGACAUUGGCCCUGCUAUCAGCCUGCAGGUUUCUGCUGAAGGGGAAAGAGUUGACUAUUGCGAGGGAGCAAAUUCGAAUGACUAUCGGGUGUCUCAAGGCGCUUGCUGAACUGUGGUCACGAACAGCAAGAAAUGUGCGGGAGAUUCAGAAAAUUGCCCACCAUGUUCUUGGGUUAGGAACAAAGACGCACGCUGGGAGUGCUCGGAAUAAUUCCCAUGGAGGGCUGGAGCUUUCCAGUGCUGAUGAAUAUGGAUUAUUUGGGUCUGAGACUGGGACUUCAAGUGAGGAUCUCAAUAUGUUGCCCUCUUUGGAUUCUAUAGAGGAUUUAUGUGGAUGGUAUAAUAUUGGAGGCUUGGAUCCUAAUAUUCCUUGGGAGAAUUGA